AUUUUUUUCCGAAUAACCAAACCGGCCCAAAAAGUUUUAUCCUUUUGUCUCGGUCUAAUCCAUUUCUCUAGUGCCAAAGCUAACAAUGGCGGUUUUGGAAGCUUCUCUCUCCAUUUUCUCCUUCUCUUCUUCUUCUUCCUCUUCAAAACCUUAUCUCUUUUCUAAACGCUCUUCUUCCUUAAAACUUACUGCCCUUAGUCUUCGAAUUCCCAGCAAUCUCUCUCCCGUCUUCUCUCUACGUUCCGGCAGCGAUAACUCACGGCGGCUCGUCUCCGUACUCUGUUCCGUCGCGGAGAAAGAAACAUCGGCGGAUGAAGAAACGUCGCAGGAGGAGAAGACUGAAGAAACCCAGAAUUCAAAUCUGAAAAGGAAGCUUUUUGUAUUCAAUCUUCCUUGGUCUAUGAGUGUAAAUGACAUUUCCGAGCUCUUUGGACAAUGUGGGACUGUGAACAAUGUCGAGAUUAUAAGGCAAAAAGAUGGAAAGAACCGAGGAUUUGCUUUUGUAACUAUGGCUUCUGGAGAAGAAGCUCAAGCAGCUAUUGAUAAGUUCGAUACUUUUCAAGUGUCAGGGAGGAUCAUUAGCGUAAGCUUUGCAAGAAGGUUCAAGAAGCCUACUCCGAAAUCACCGAACGAUCUUCCUUCUCCUGCCCCUGGAGACACUCGUCACAAACUCUACGUAUCUAAUCUCGCUUGGAAAGCAAGAUCAACACAUCUCCGAGAGCUUUUCACUGCUGCAGAUUUCAACCCGGUCUCAGCUCGGGUUGUUUUCGCUGACCCCGAAGGUAGAUCUUCUGGCUAUGGCUUUGUCUCAUUUGCUACUAGAGAAGAAGCUGAGAAUGCAAUCACAAAACUCAAUGGGAAGGAGAUAAUGGGUAGACCUAUCACUCUAAAGUUUAGUCUGAGAAGCGCCAGUGAAUCUGAAGAUGGUGACAGUGUAGAAGCUAACAACGCUUCUGAAGAUGGAGACACUGUAGAAGACAAAAACACUUCCGAAGAAAACAUUGUGGAGUGACUCUUAUUAUUUUCUCUGUUAUCCGAUAGGAGCAUGAGAAUCUGACUAGAGAUCUUAUUACAGUUUUGAAAUAACUACUGCUACAAAGAACACAAUAAUGAAGAUGUAACAGAAAUUCAGUAAACUAUACUUCAAUCCUGCUAAUGUGUGAUGAAUCACC